AUGGUUCCGUACGCUUUACGCCGACAGAUCAAGACGCAACCACUGCAAGUGAUUGGUUCGGCCGCAUGUUUGUCGACUCGAUCCAUCAAGGGGAAGGGCAUCAGAAUUACAUUUCGCAGUUCGCAGAUCUUCGAGGCCAGGUUCGGCCCUCUGAAGAAACAUUCGGCCCACCCUUACGUACACUUAUCCCCUCAAAAUGUGACGGAGCUUGUGCUUGGGCAGAAGCUGCAGAGCCUUGGGGUUCAAGUGCAGCGCCCACACAGGGUUGUUGGCAGGAAACAUAACGAAGAGGAUUGUCCUGUCACCGACGUCUCGUUCAAGGAUGGCCAAAUAGUCAGAGCCAGGUAUAUCAUCGGUGCAGAUGGCGCCCGCUCAACCAUCCGUACCAUCACCGGCAUAGGGUUCUCUGACCCAGAAGGCCCCAACUUAGGCAAUCACCUACUGACUCAAAUGGUCAGUGCAGAUGUUACGUUCGAGCGCGAACCUGUCAGUCCAUUAACCAUCGAGGGCCACAUCAAUAUCAUAAUUUCCUCAGACGGUUUCCUGACGCUCACACCGUUCAGCAACCGCUGUAAUUCCGAGCUGACGCGCGAUGGAAAGCCCGUUACAAAAUCCAUCUUCCGUAUAAUUUCUCCCGUACCGGUGAAGAACGGAGAGCCGCCCUACGCACCACCGAAGGAGUACAUCCAGAAAUUGAUCGACAUGUACGCCCCAGCGUGUAACAUCGGAUUCGUCGACCAGCUGAUGUGGUCGACACGUUUCAGAACCCAUUCAGCUAUCGCUGACCGCACGCUCACGCGCCCCGGCGCCGCCACUUUCCUAGUCGGUGACGCCGCUCACAUACAUUCGCCUGCAGGGGACCAGGGCAUGAACCGGGUCAUCAGGGACGCGAUCUUCUUUACAGAAGCCAUCAUAAAGCACAUUCAAGCGUUUGCAGGAGAUUCCGAUGUGGAUGAUACCAUUUUGCAGGAAUGUGCGCAAGUGCGUCACGGGCGAGCGCUGGAAAUCAUGGGCUUCACCAAGAAGCUUUUGAAACUCGCAAGCCUUACACAUGAUGUGUAUGCAUUGUGGAUGCCGUUCAGUCCGGCCUCUAUCCGCGAUCUGAUGUUGGGCAGAUUUGAUUUUGUGCGGUCGAGUGUUGCAUGGAGCCUGAGUGGGCUUGGAAGACGAUAA